CCCCAACACAUUUUUUUCCCCCUCUAAAGAGAUCACAAGGAAGUCUUGGUUUAAAAAGAAACAGAAACAUACACAGGGGGUUGGUGAAUGGUGCCGACCGCGGCCAUCGCAGUUGGAGGCUAUUUUUUUUGGGGGGGGGGUUGGUAAGUAGCGUCCAUGGAGUUACUUUGCGCCCACUCCUAGCGGCACCAGCUCUAGGCUGAAGGGCUGACCGUCUUCCCAGCAGGGGUGCGGGGCUUGGGGGACGCCGCGGCCCGGUCGCCUCCCUCGCCACGACCCCGGAUGGAUGCGCGCCCCCCGCCCUCUCGCGCCGGCCCCAGGAGCUCCUGGCUUCGGGAGCAUCCUUCCCGCGCCGGCCCCCGCCGCGGCGCGUAGCGGAGGGCAGCGCCCCUCGGGAGGGCACCUCGGAGCAAGGGUCCCUAGUGAACACACCAGCCCUCCAGCCCCUCUUGUCCCAGCUUCCUUGGGCGGGUUGGGACUCGCAGGGCAAUCUAUUAAACAGAUGGAAGAGAAGAGGCGGAAGUACUCCAUCAGCAGCGACAACUCCGACACCACUGACAGUCACGCGGUACCCACAUCCACAUCAAGAUGUUCCAAACUGCCCAGCAGUACCAAGUCGGGCUGGCCCCGGCAGAACGAAAAGAAGCCCUCGGAGGUUUUCCGGACAGACUUGAUCACAGCUAUGAAGAUCCCAGAUUCAUACCAGCUCAGCCCGGAUGACUACUAUAUCCUGGCAGACCCAUGGCGACAAGAAUGGGAGAAAGGUGUGCAGGUUCCUGCUGGAGCGGAGGCCAUUCCAGAGCCUGUGGUGAGGAUCCUCCCACCACUGAAAGGCCCCCCUACACAGGUGUCCCCAGAGAGUCCCACACUUGGUGAGAGUGCCCAUCCUGACUGGCCAGGGGGCAGCCGCUAUGACCUGGAUGAGAUUGAUGCCUACUGGUUGGAACUCCUCAACUCGGAACUCAAGGAGAUGGAGAGGCCCCAGCUGGAUGAGCUCACAUUAGAGCGUGUUCUGGAAGAGCUAGAGACAUUGUGCCACCAGAACAUGGCACAAGCCAUCGAGACACAGGAGGGACUGGGCAUCGAGUACGAUGAGGACGUUGUCUGUGACGUGUGCCGCUCCCCUGAAGGCGAGGAUGGCAACGAGAUGGUCUUCUGUGACAAGUGCAAUGUCUGUGUGCACCAGGCGUGCUACGGAAUCCUCAAGGUGCCCACGGGCAGCUGGCUAUGCCGGACGUGUGCCCUGGGAGUCCAGCCCAAGUGCCUGCUCUGCCCCAAGCGAGGAGGAGCCUUGAAGCCCACCAGAAGUGGGACCAAGUGGGUACACGUCAGCUGUGCCCUGUGGAUUCCUGAGGUCAGCAUUGGCUGUCCAGAGAAGAUGGAACCCAUCACCAAGAUCUCACAUAUUCCAGCCAGCCGCUGGGCCCUGUCCUGCAGCCUCUGCAAGGAGUGCACGGGCACCUGCAUCCAGUGCUCCAUGCCUUCCUGCAUCACAGCGUUCCAUGUCACGUGCGCCUUUGACCGCGGCCUGGAAAUGCGGACUAUAUUAGCUGACAACGAUGAGGUCAAGUUCAAGUCCCUCUGCCAGGAGCACAGUGAAGGGUGCCCUCGGAAUGAGCCUGCUUCUGAACCCGCAGAGCCCAGCCAGGCCGUCGAGGACCUGGAGAAGGUGACCCUACGCAAGCAGCGCCUGCAGCAGCUGGAGGAAAACUUCUAUGAGUUGGUGGAGCCAGCCGAGGUGGCCGAACGGCUGGACCUGGCCGAGGCCCUGGUGGACUUCAUCUACCAGUACUGGAAGCUUAAGAGGAGAGCCAACGCCAACCAACCGCUGCUGACGCCCAAGACUGACGAGGUCGACAACCUGGCCCAGCAGGAGCAGGACGUUCUCUAUCGCCGCCUGAAGCUCUUCACCCACCUGCGGCAGGACCUGGAGAGGGUUAGGAACCUGUGCUACAUGGUGACGAGGCGCGAGAGGACGAAGCACAGCAUCUGCAAACUCCAGGAGCAGAUAUUCCACCUGCAGAUGAAGCUCAUCGAGCAAGAUCUGGGCCGAGAGCCUUCUGGAAGGAGAGCAAAGGGCAAGAAGUGUGACUCAAAGAAGAAAGGCCGAGAGGCUCCCAAGGGCGGCAGCCCGGAGAAGAAAGAGAAAGUGAAGGCUGGGCCGGAGUCUGUCCUGGGGCAGCUGGGUCUAUCGACUUCCUUCCCCAUCGAUGGCACCUUCUUCAACAGCUGGUUGGCACAGUCCGUGCAGAUCACCGCGGAAGACAUGGCCAUGAGCGAGUGGUCUUUGAACAGUGGACACCGGGAGGACCCUGCUCCUGGUCUGCUCUCCGAGGAAUUGCUACAGGAUGAAGAGACGCUGCUCAGCUUCAUGAGGGACCCCUCACUGCGACCUGGUGACCCUGCCAGGAAGGCCCGAGGCCGCACUCGCCUGCCUGCCAAGAAGAAACCACCCCAGCUGCAGGAUGGGCCCAAUGGGCCCAGUGCACGGACCACUCCAGACAAGCCACCCAAGAAGGCCUGGGCCCAGGAUGCUGACAGCAGCAAGGGCAUGCAAGGACCACCCACCAGGAAGCCACCACGGAGGACGUCUUCUCAUUUGCCAUCCAGCCCUGCAGCUGGGGACUGUCCUGUCCCAGCAGUACUGGAAAGCCCCCCAACACUGGCCUCCGAGACCCUGGAUGAGAUCGGCCCCGUGGCUUCCGACUUGAAUGUCCAAGUGCCUGGCCCUACCGUGAGCCCCAAACCCUUGGGCAGGCUCCGGCCACCCCGAGAGGUCAAGGUCAGUCGGAAGUCGGGUGCUAGGUCAGAUGCUGGGACAGGACUGCCACCUGCUGUGGCUGAGAGGCCAAAGGUCAGCCUACAUUUCGACGCCGAGGCUGACGGCUACUUCUCCGAUGAGGAGAUGAGCGACUCUGAUACAGAGGCAGAGGACAGUGGGGUACAACGGGCUUCCAGGGAGGCAGGGGCAGAGGAGGUGGUUCGCAUGGGGGUGCUGGCCUCCUAACUCACCCAGGUCCCCUACAAGGUCUCAGCCCAAUCACAACUGCCAUUUCCAACUGCUGAGUGUCCCAGACCCACCACUCUGUUGUGGUUUUAUUUUUAAUAUAGAGAGAGUUCUGAAUUCCACUCCGUUGUCUUUCCUCUGUGCUGGCCUAGGGCAUUAGAAUUCCUCCUGUGGCCUUAGCCACGGGCCACUAUGCCAGGUUCUAUGUGCCACCCCUGUCCCAGCCCACGCAACAUCGCCAGGGCUUCUUCUGGCUUGAUGUAGACAAGGUGAGGGGAAGAGCUCAGGGCUCCUGCCCACUGCCACUGGGUGACACAGACUGUCGUUUGGGCAUUAUUUCAUGGCAGAUGGGCCAUCCCAGGGCCUGCCCCACCUUGUUCCCCCAGAUUACACUGGGUUUUGGGGUGGGGGUGGGGGUGUCCUGUCGCACUCCACUGAUCCCUAAAGGAAGUAUAACAAAUGAUUCCCAGCCAGUCUAUUCACUGUCAAAAGCACAACGAGUUUAUAUGAGAAAGCACUGAGGGGGUGCAGGGGGCCCCUGCUGGCUCCUGAAUAGCCCACGACAUCCGAGGCCUGCCCGCCCACCCGCAACCCCCCUCCUCCCUUGCUGCUCUGUCCCUGCCAGUGCCCAGCCCAAGCAGCUCUGGGGAGGGUUCCCAGAAUCCUUCCUGAGCUGUGCUCUUUACUCAGGGGACUCCCCAGACAGCCAGCCACCUGUAUGGGUGGAAGGCUCCAAGGGAGGGCCAGUGCCCAGCCCGGGGCUUGGGGCUCAGAUCAGCCCGCUGCAGAGAAUCACUCUGGGACUUCAACUUCCUUUCUUCCUUUGGGGCCAGUCUCGGCCGCAGUCUGAUCUCUCCACAUGGGAGCUGGCCAGACCAGACCGUUUGCCUUUCGAAGUUUCCUAGCCCUGCUAAGAGAUGAGCUUCCUCUUUGGUUUCCUUCUGGAAACACCCUUCCAACAAGUGUAGUGGGAUCCCGGGGCCCAGGGCAGGCCAGUGUUGGCCUGCUGGGGCUGGUUGAAUUGUUGCUGGAUCUUCCUGUAUUCCUCUGUCCCUUAGCUCCUUAACACCGUUUCCCUCCCUUCUGAACACCACCCCCCACUUUUCCUACCCCUCUUCACCUCUUUCCCCCAACCUCCUCUAAGCCCCCAGGUAGUUAGGAAGAGUUUCGAUGGAGUGGCCCCAGGGUGAUAGCUCAGGGAACAAAGGAAUUCCGUGAAAACUUUUUUUUUUCUUUUACGAAUUACUCUUGGGUCACUUCCUCCACUGGUAAAGCCAGAACUUCUCCAACCAGAACCUUGCAAAAGUCUAGUGAACCAGUCGAAUCAUUCUAAGAAUGCCAAAGAAUAUUUUGACCAUAAUAACACAGCACAGCCCGGACCUGACAACUGUCAACUUGAACUUCCUUUUCGAAGGAGUUGGUUAGCCACAAAGUUCCGAGGACUUGGUAUUGCACACAUCUACAGAGAAGGGCCCAAGGCCUCCGAGGAGGCUGCGCUGCUGUUGCUGCCGCCACUUCCGCCGCUGCCGCCGCCGCUGCUGUUGUUGGUUUACGGUCCCUGGGCUAGGCUGCUGUGAGUGUGGUCCUAAACAUUUUGAG